AUUGAUCUGGGGCGUCGUAUUCAAAAACGAAAGUACUUUCAAGUGGUUUUUGGUCAGAUUCUGGACGUUUAUGGUAGCAGUAUUGCUUGACAUUAAGAGUUAUGGAUGGUCUGCUGAAGAAUCGGGAUAGGAUACAGUUAUCAGAAUGGAUCGGCAGGGCGUGUAAUCUCGUUCUUUUGUACAAGGUCAGCAGAGAUGGGGGUUCGGCGGAGAAGUUUCAUAAUCUGUGUGACAACAAGGGACCUACAGUUACUGUGUUCUAUAACACGGAUAACAAUGUCUAUGGCGGAUAUUUAUCAGAAACGUGGGGUGGAACAGACCAAUGGUGUAUCGACCAAAAGGCGUUUCUCUUUAAAUUAUACAGUGUUGGAGAAUGGAAGCCGAAAAAAUUUUUCUCAAAUGGAAAAUCUAAUAAUUAUUACAAGAGCACAAAUUAUGGACCAUUAUUUGCUAAUUUGUGGUCAUUUUAUGGAUCCCCUGAAAAGUCCUGUUGUGGUUAUAAGAUGGGCAGUACCAGUUUUUUUAGCGGUUCACACUUUCACAUGGAAGGAGAAACAUCUCAGUCAAUUGCAAAUGGACACAAUGAUGUCACUGAAAUGGAAGUCUACUUCGUAAAAGAUGGUCCUUUAGCUUUGGAACACGCCACUUUGUGGAGGGAACAACCACAAUGGAACUUGCAGACUUUUCAAGAAUUGAAAGAGUACAUAACAAAAUACGAACCAUUUGAGGAAUCCGAGGUCCCUGAAGCAAACAUCUUAUUGAUUGGACAAGUCGGGGCUGGCAAAUCUAGUUUCCUUAAUACCAUCAACUCAAUCUUCAAGGGAGCGAUAUCAUCUCGAGCAUGCACAGGGAGCGCUGAAAACACUUUAACUAAAAGUUUUGAAAAACUCCGAAUCCGUGAUCCGGCAGCAAAGAAACAUUUGAAGUUCAGGAUUUGUGACACACGAGGAAUAGAAAAAGCUCUUUCUAUCAAAGAAGAAGAUCUUCGAUUUAUUAUGGAUGGAAAUCUGCCUAAUCAUUACAUUUUCAAUCCAGUUGAUUCUGCGUCCGCAAAAGUUCCAGGUUUUGUCAAAGAUCCAACAUUGAAAGAGCGAAUGCAUGUUGUUGUGUUUGUUAUUGACGGAAGCACAUUAGAUGUUCUACCGGAAGACACGCUUAAAAAACUCAAGGACUUCAAAACGAUGGUAGUUGACAGGGGUAUACCUCAGUUAGUUUUACUUACCAAAAUGGACAAGGUAUGUGAAUUUGUCGAAAAGGAUAUCAGUAAUAUGUUUGUGAGCGAAGGUGUAGAGGGCCUGGUGACCAAAGCUGCUGACGUCAUCGGAAUCCCAAGAUCCCACGUACUUCCGGUGAAGAAUUACGAAAAAGAAACACUUCUUAACAUAAAUGUAAACAUCCUGGCUCUAGGAGCAUUACGCCAGGCACUCUUGUUCGCUGAUGACUUUCUGGAGAACCAAUUUGAAAUUGAACAAGAAAAUUCACGGCGUUGAAUUAAAGAAGCACUGAUUCAUAAACUAGAUUUCGAACAUGUUCAGCAUGCAUUUUUUAAGAAAAAGACAAAAACGAAAGUGAUGUGAUGUGAUGUUACAUGUAUUCUUUGCACGUAUUCCCAGCAUUUACAUCUAUUAUUCAAACUCAUCUUUAAUCAACAAGUAACCAAAUUGUCAUUUGUUUUUAAGGAAUAUUGCAUGAGCUGUUGAAAUCAAUAUAAUAUGAGAGAUCCCUCCCCUUACAAUGUUAAAGUCCAAUUUUUAAGAUAAAACUGAUAAUUUUUGAUCGAAUGACGAUAUUCUUCUGAGGCCGUUCUGGUCAGCGUUCUUGUUUUUUUUUUUGUUUUGACCAGUAGUUUCUUUGGAUGACCGAUAUCUAUCAUUUUCUUUUCAGGGUUUUUUACAGCAAUUUAAAUAGUAUGAAUUUUUAUUGAAGAAACAUCCGAUAUUUAUGUACAUGUGUAAGAACAAGUUUUUUCCUCAUGGAUUUAAGGUAAAUAUAUAUGUAUGAGACAAAAAUAUUGAAUUAGACAUUGCCGUUUAAUCAGACUUUUGCGAAGACACUGACUUUUACAGUUGACGGCUUACUUGGACAUUUAAACCUGCGUCAUGUACGGAGGUACAGAAUUGAAAAUGGAUAGGAAAACAUAUACUGAGAUAAAAGUCAUUGUAUUCGGGGCUUUGAAAUGAUUUAUCAAAAAAAUUAUUUAGAGACUUUAUUCACAAGAAUUAAUAUAUCCUUUUAUUUUCAAUAACUUAAAAAAUGAAAUAAAGAAGCCACAUUUCGUAGGAAAGUUUGGCAGGAAUUAGUCAAGACUGGAAUGGAGGUUGUUGAGGGUAGGAAUGUUGCAGUUUCCCAACUAGACAACGAAAUAUGAUUUUUGAAAUAACCCGUUAUUAUCGUUUUCUUAAAUGUUAAGAUCAAUAUUUUUUCACACAAGUUUCCUGGUGUAAAAGUAAGCCGUCAACUGUAAAAGUCAAUGUCUUCCCAAAGUCCAUUAUGAAAUCAAAACUUAUUGAUUUGAAAAACAUUUAAAAAUCUUUUUCUGUUUUAGUAUUAGUUAUAAUUGCUUGUUUUGUGUAUCUUUGAGAAAUAAGAACUGUUUGUCUGACCGAUUUUCUACUAAAAAACAAAGGAUUCAACACCUGGGGUUUCAAUAAACUCUCGGUAAGAUUAGCAGA